AUGAAGGCUUCAACUAUUUUGACCUCUGCCGUUUUCGCUACCAUGGCAGCUGCAGAUUUGACACCAAAGCAGGUCGCUGAUAUUAGUGUUUUGUUUGAGGACAUUGACUCAAACACUAUGCAGUACAUUUCAUAUCUUUUGACUCACCCUAGUGUGGAAUUCCCAAGCAAUUUGAUCAAUCUUUACACUAAGAUGAUGACUUACACUGAUGAUUCAUUUACAACUCUUUUCAAGACUUUGGCAGCUUCCGAGUACAGCCAAAUCUCCUCCUUGGAAACGGCACUUCCAUGGUAUUCUACUCGUCUUUACUCAGAAAUCAAGUCGGCCGAGGCUGCCGCAAGACGGUAA